CCCAGCUAGCCGAGGCGGUGGUCUCUAGGCAAGCGGUGGACUAAUGCCUGUCGGGUUGUACACCAGGAGACUGGUGUCGGUUUGGAUAAUAACUCGGGGUUGAUCAGAAUAAUUGCAAGGACAUUUUGGAUGCGGGAUGUCGGGACAUUGAGUGUUUAUCUGUGUGUAGAAAGGGACGGGCUCCUCCUAGAUAUAUAUACUGUCUUUUAAUUUGUGCCUUUGUUUGACUCGUGAGAAGCGAAGCACUCUCCUACACAUCCCAUAAACCUCCUCACAACGUUGAGUUGCCAUGGCAGCCGCUAAGCCAAAAGGACAGAACUCUCUGGCCCUGCAUAAAGUGAUUAUGGUCGGCAGUGGAGGGGUGGGCAAGUCCGCUCUCACCUUACAGUUCAUGUACGAUGAGUUUGUGGAGGACUACGAGCCUACGAAAGCUGACAGCUACAGGAAAAAGGUCGUCCUGGAUGGAGAGGAGGUUCAGAUCGACAUUCUGGACACAGCAGGCCAAGAAGACUAUGCGGCCAUUAGGGACAAUUACUUCCGCAGUGGAGAGGGCUUCCUCUGUGUCUUCUCCAUCACCGAGCUGGAGUCAUUUGCUGCGACUGCUGACUUCAGGGAGCAGAUCCUGCGUGUGAAGGAGGAUGAGAAUGUACCCUUCCUUUUAGUGGGGAAUAAGUCCGAUCUGGAGGACAGGAGACAGGUGAGCGCAGACGAGGCCAAGAGUCGAGCCGAGCAGUGGGGAGUGUGCUACGUGGAAACAUCAGCCAAAACCCGGGCCAACGUCGACAAGGUGUUUUUCGACUUAAUGAGAGAAAUCCGUGCCAGGAAAAUGGAGGACAGCAAGGAGAAGAACGGGAAGAAAAAGAGGAAAAGUCUGGCCAAAAGAAUUCAAGAAAGAUGUUGCAUUUUAUAGUACAAAGUGCUUUAACAAUCAUUACCACGCUCUUCGCUUAUGUUUUAAACAUGUAAAUAUGUCUGUUUCCUAUUCCUCACAGCCAACUAAUCCUGGCACGUGUGGGGAUUGUAGCGUCGUCACGGUGAUUGUGAUUUAAGAGCUGGAGUUGGUUUUACAGUGCUUUAGAGUUUCACCUUAGCUAAAGCUAAAGGAAGCUCUUUCUCAUCCGCCAUGUGUUCUUUGUUACAGUACCUACCAGAAAUCCAACAACAGUCACGUUUCAAAUCGAUCAAAAUCCAACCAGUGACAUUUACAGGUUCAGCACAAAUCCUGGGAUCUUGCUGAUCAAACAAAUCCUGCACUGGAUCCAGCAGAUCAAAAUAAAAAAAAAGUGGGCCACACAUGUUAACUAGGCCCAUGUUUUGGAUUCAGGGCUAUUAUGUUUGGGCUAUUUGCUAACUUCUUAUGUGAAAAAGAAGUCAAAUAACCCACCAAAACCAAUUGGACAGAAUAAUAUCAGAUGGAAGAAGUAAUUUAUGGACCACUCUGCGUCCUUGUUGUAAAAGCAUCACUUUUAACAUAACAUUUAGAUGUAUUGUUAUUACAAAUAAAAUGGUGUGAACGGAUGAGCUGUAAAUUCGUCUAGUUUUAAUUAAAAGCAGGCAGCAGAGUGGCGAAGUGGUUAGUGCUGUGGCCUUGCACUUCCACGGUCGAGGGUUUAAGUCACACCUUCAUGUCUGUAUACGUGGAGUUUGCAUGUUCUCCACGUGCUUGGUUGGUGGGUGUCCUCCCUCACUCCGAAGACAUGCAGAUUUAAGCACAGUUAACAUUUUAGACAUUGGGUAAAGCGCUAGUAAACAUUGACACUUAUGAACUCUGAGCCACUAGUUGUUUGGAUGUUUAACAAUUUCCUCCUUUAUUUAAUUAAAUGGUUUUUGCUAAGCUUAUGGGAAUUGUGAAUAAAAAACAGGAAGUUGCAGCGUUUUUGCGCUAUUUGACUUCUGAUGCCUUGA